UCUGAAAAAUUCAGCAAAAUAAGGGUAGGGAGACAACAGCGAGGAGUUUAUGACAGAAUCAAUGGUACCGAUGGCUACGUUGACCACCAACAACAAUCCCGACAGCGAUCCGACAGUAAGGAACAUAGCAGCAGUCGUUUAAUUGGAAUGCUGAAAAUUGGUCGAAAACAUCUUUUCCUCUACGAUAAAGAAUUGAAAACCUAUGAAGGCGAACUAACAGCAUUAUUGGAUUUUUAUGUGCAUAUAUCGUGUCAACGACAGGGAUGUGGCAAAAAACUUUUUGAUUAUAUGUUGCAUUCCGAGAAUGUUCAACCAUAUGAAAUUGCUUUUGACAGCCCAACUGCAAAGAAAAAGUUGAAAAUAGAAGGCAACAACAAUAGGAGGGAAGAAGUAGUCUGCUGA